UCUCCCAUGCCGGCAAAGACUCUCACAGUGCCUCCCAAAGUGACCAAUUCUGACAGACGGUACAGAACUCUCGAGCAAGACGCACCACUUUUGGGCUCAUGCUCAAAAGUUACCAGUUAUAGAAAAAAAAGGUUUAGUUCUUUCUGGGGCACCUUCGUGCCUCGCCAGCGAUCUCACAGUGGCCAAAGUUUGUGCAGAAAUUCGCGUAGAAAAUUUCUUGUGAUUAGUGUUUAGAGCAUGAGGUUCUUGCUCCAGUGAAUUCCUUAGCUCCAAACAUCCACCGAAAUCGAUGAAGUAGCUGAAUUCUCUGGUGGAGAUUGUUCAAAGAGGUGUGAAAAAUAAGUCAAUUGUGCUGUUGUGUUACCAAGUAAUUCAAGUUGAGAAGAUAGUGCUGCAGAUAGUGCCAGAGAAAUCCUCCGAAAGAAUUGCAGAAUGAUGGUGACGAAAAUAUGGAAUAGUUGCUUUCCGGAUACAGAUCCAGCCCAGGAAUCUGAACAGGUGCAUCGACAUAAUUUUUACUUGUGCCAGUGGCAAAGGAGUAAGCAGGUGAAAAUUAUCUACUUGCUGUACAGAUGGCUAGCAGCAAUUCUUUUCCUGGCUGUCCUCAGUUGUUCCCUCCUGGACAUCGGGAGGUCAGAAUCGGAGCACUAUGAGAAUCACUAUGCUAAAUGGUGGAUCUAUUUAACGCACUGGGGCCUUCUGGCUUGCACCCUCCAGGCCUGGCUAGCAGCCUGGAUUGUGACUCAGGGGAUGAUGGUGGAUCGAGAUGACUUUGAAAUCCAGCGACAGGCGAAAACAAGUCGCUUGCAUAGGCUCUACUGGGUGCUCUAUACCAUCGCAACGGUGUACUCGUUCAUCAUUACCAUUUGCUACUGGACAAUUGUCCACAAUCCAGAAAUCAAUAAAUUGGACGCUGUCAAUCUUAUGGUGCAUGUUCUCAAUUCCGUUCUGAUGCUCAUUGAUCUGGCAAUUGUGGGCCAACCGAUUCGUCUGUCGCACGCAUACUGGACAACAGGAAUCGGUGUUAUAUAUGCCAUUUUCACGGGAAUCUACUUCCUAGCCGGCGGAACAAACAGGAGGAAUUCAAUGAGCAUCUAUCCACUUUUGGAUUGGAGUCGUCCUGGAAAGGCAAUUGUGAUAAGUGCUUGUGGCAUUUUAUUUGUCUUCAUUGUUCACCUGGUGGUGUUCUGUAUGUACCGCCUGCGUGUCUGCCUCUACACGAAAGUCUGCAUUUGGACGAGGAACCGACGGAUGAAAAAGAUGAGUACUUUGGGUAGAACACUGUCAUCACUGGAAGAUGCCCAGAAGGAGAACUUCCUGGGCCCAAGUACAAUAAUCGACGUCAAAAUGUAAUAGAAUUUCCUUCGUAAGUCCAGAUAAUCUCUUCUAUUCUUCAAAAAAAAAAUCAACUAAACAAAUAUCUUUCCCAUUUUCCGUGGAUGAGAGCAAUCCAUCCAAAGUCAAGGUAUUUCAGGUGAAUUAUUGAUGAAAUUGAGAUUGAAUUGUGUCAGGGUAUAGUUAGUUUGUGAUGGGGAUGGGAUUUUGUGGGGGGACGGAGGAAAAGAAUAUAUAUUUAAUGGAGAAAAAGCUCAAAGUUUGCAAUAAAGUUACAAACUGAUUCACGUGAAAAAAGCUCAUGGGGAUGGGAAGCUAAUAUAUCAUGAAAGAUUGGGAGACUGGAAGAUUUCAGCAUUUGAUUUUGCAAAAAAAAGGAUAUUUUUGCCAGAAAUUUUUUGUAAAAGAUUCACUAGGACUGUAAAUUAUUGAGAUAUUAGAUUAAAUAAAAAAUAGAGAAUCUUUUUUUAAAA